AUGGAGCGCUUAGAGCGACUGAUGUCCAGACCGUUGGCAAAGCCAUACAGGAGCAGCGAAAUCCAAGACAAUGGUCCUCCUUUCUUGAACAGGGACGGGCAUCUUGACUUCUCACCCCACGACAUCGAGAAUCCAAAGAACUGGUCCCGCCCACGAAAAUGGUACAUCUCCAGCGUGUGCUUCCUCGCCGUGAUCAACGCCACAUUCGCCUCCAGUGCGCCGACGGGAUGCCUUCAAAGCCUCAGCGAAGGCCUGCACGUCUCUGAAGAAGCUGGCGGUCUGGUCGUCACACUCUUCCUCCUUGGAUACGUCGCUGGUCCGUUGCUCUGGGCACCGCUUUCCGAGCUUUACGGUCGACGGUGGAUCUGUUACACAACAUUCAUAUGCUACUUCGCGUUCAACUUCUUAUGCGCUUUCACACCGAACUUCGCGGGGCUUCUGGUGGGACGAUUCCUCACAGGGACUUUCGUCUCUGCUGCGAUUUCCAACUCACCGGGCGUGCUGGUCGAUAUCUGGGGACCUGCUGACCUUCCGGAUGUAAUUACAUUGUACGCUGUGAUGAACUUCGUUGGACCUGCGCUCGGGCCCGUCACUGGUGGCUUCUUACAGAUCACUGAGAAUUGGAGAUGGGCCUUCUAUGAACUGAUCUGGCUGUCCUUCGUAACUAUGCUGCUCUUAUUCACAAUCCCCGAGACCUUGCCCUCGAUUGUACUCCUCAACAAAGCGAAACGCUUGCGACGCGCAAACUCCCGCGGCUACGAAGAUAUGAAAGCUCCCGUCGAGACUACAGACCGCACUGUCGUGGGCAUUUUCAAAGUCGCCCUCAUACGUCCUUGGAUCAUCUUAUUUGAUCCAAUCUCGCUUCUUUGCGCAAUAUAUGUGAGCAUCGUCUACUGUCUACUCUACAUGCUCUUCGCAAUCUACCCGUAUGUCUUUCAAAGGAAACGCGGCUGGAAUGCUGGGACUGGUGAGCUCCCUUUGAUUGGAGUCGUCAUCGGCGCCUGUUUGGGUGGAAUAUUCGUCGUUUGGGCAACGCACAACGCACAGAAGAAGAAGUCGGCAACAGUCUUUCAGCGCCGUCCUGAAGAACGCUUGCCCAUAGCCAUGGUUGGGAGUAUCCUCUUUCCGAUUGCAAUGUUCUGGUUCGCAUGGGCCGGCGAAUACAACAGCAUCCACUGGAUCGUCUGCACCAUCGCAGGCGUCUUCCUCUCGGCUUCGAUCAUGCUCAUCUUCGUCGGCUACCUCGGAUACCUCAGCAACACUUACCUCAUGUACACCGCCUCAGCCUUGGCCGCCAACACUGUUGCACGGUCAGCGGCCGCAGCUUCAGCUCCCCUCUUCACGACGUACAUGCUUGAUGCAAUGGGAGUUGGAGGAGCUGGGAGCUUGAUCGGGGGUGUGGCGUGUCUGUUGGCUCCGACACCUUUCAUCUUCUACAAGUAUGGACAGCCUAUCAUGGAGCGGAGCCGAUUUGCCCCGACAGCUCCGAAAUCAUCUCAAGAGCCGGGAAAGAAAGACGAGGAGGCAGGCAGUCACCAGGAUACUGGCAACGAUGUGGAGAAAUCUGAGACUGAAUCGGCCACCGACCAUUGA